AAGCAGGGAGCUGUUUGUCAGCACCGAGGUAACGCUUGACCUGAGUCUUGCACAAUAAGUAAGAGUUUGGGCACGCGAUUUGUAUUUAUUUUAUUGUGAAUCUCUGGCCUUAUAUCAGAAAAAAAAAAAAUUGUGCCACCCUCGGCACAGAGAACGUUGGUGGCGUCGUAAGCCCUCUAAGUCUCUUUCCAUCGCCAAGGAGUAGGGGUCCGGGAAGAGGACCUCCCCGACAGCAGGCAGCAGGAACAGGAUUUGGGAGCCGGGAACCCCUGGCUCGGCACGGAAGAGGGCAGGAGAGGACCUGAGCGCGGGGCUCACCGUCUGCUGGGGACCCGAGCCGCCGUGUGGCCCUCGGGGAACGGAAGACGCGCCCUCAGCGACCGUGAAGAGUCAGCUAAGCUAUCUGCGGGCUAAGGAGACGAAGGCAUCACAGGAGGCCUCUACAUGAUGUGGCUUCCAAAGACUCAAGGACCACCCACCUUACAAGUCUGCAAUGAAGAAGGCAGAAAUGGAGAUUCAAACACCACUUCUUCUAUUCUUUUAUUAAUCACUCUGUAGACAUGUGUCCCCACUGCAGGGAGUGAACUGCUCCAAGGGAGAAAACUUCUGGGAGCCUCCAAACUCCUAGCUGUCUUGUCCCUCGCCCUGGAGAGAAGGCAGAACCAUGGCAUUUUAUUGCUGCUUCUGGGUCCUCUUGGCACUCACCUGGCACACCUCUGCCUAUGGGCCCAACCAGCGAGCCCAAAAGAAAGGGGACAUUAUACUUGGCGGGCUCUUUCCUAUUCAUUUUGGAGUAGCAGCUAAAGAUCAAGAUCUCAAAUCAAGGCCGGAGUCUGUGGAAUGCAUCAGGUAUAAUUUCCGUGGGUUUCGCUGGUUACAGGCUAUGAUAUUUGCCAUAGAGGAGAUAAACAGCAGCCCAGCCCUUCUUCCCAACUUGACGCUGGGAUACAGGAUAUUUGACACUUGCAACACCGUUUCUAAGGCCUUGGAAGCCACCCUGAGUUUUGUUGCUCAAAACAAAAUUGAUUCUUUGAACCUUGAUGAGUUCUGCAACUGCUCAGAGCACAUUCCCUCUACGAUUGCUGUGGUGGGAGCAACUGGCUCAGGCGUCUCCACGGCAGUGGCAAAUCUGCUGGGGCUCUUCUACAUUCCCCAGGUCAGUUACGCCUCCUCCAGCAGACUCCUUAGCAACAAGAAUCAAUUCAAGUCCUUCCUCCGAACCAUCCCCAAUGAUGAGCACCAGGCCACUGCCAUGGCAGACAUCAUUGAGUAUUUCCGCUGGAACUGGGUGGGCACAAUUGCAGCUGAUGAUGACUAUGGGCGGCCAGGGAUUGAGAAGUUCCGAGAGGAAGCUGAGGAAAGGGACAUCUGCAUUGACUUCAGUGAACUCAUCUCCCAGUACUCUGAUGAGGAAGAGAUCCAGCAUGUGGUGGAGGUGAUUCAAAAUUCCACGGCCAAAGUAAUCGUGGUUUUCUCCAGUGGCCCAGACCUUGAGCCCCUCAUCAAGGAGAUUGUCCGGCGCAAUAUCACAGGCAAGAUCUGGCUGGCCAGUGAGGCCUGGGCCAGCUCCUCCCUGAUCGCCAUGCCCCAGUACUUCCACGUGGUUGGAGGCACCAUUGGAUUUGCUCUGAAGGCUGGGCAGAUCCCAGGCUUUCGGGAAUUCCUGAAGAAGGUCCAUCCCAGGAAGUCUGUCCACAAUGGUUUUGCCAAGGAGUUUUGGGAAGAAACAUUUAACUGCCACCUCCAAGAAGGUGCCAAAGGACCUUUACCUGUGGACACCUUUCUGAGAGGUCACGAAGAAAGUGGAGGCAGGUUUAGCAACAGUUCGACAGCCUUCCGACCCCUCUGUACAGGGGAUGAGAACAUCAGCAGUGUUGAGACCCCUUACAUAGAUUACACACAUUUACGGAUAUCCUACAAUGUGUACUUAGCAGUCUACUCCAUUGCCCAUGCCUUGCAAGAUAUAUAUACCUGCUUACCUGGGAGAGGGCUCUUCACCAACGGCUCCUGUGCAGACAUCAAGAAAGUUGAGGCGUGGCAGGUCCUGAAGCACCUACGGCACCUAAACUUUACCAACAAUAUGGGGGAGCAGGUGACCUUUGAUGAGUGUGGUGACCUGGUGGGGAAUUAUUCCAUCAUCAACUGGCACCUCUCCCCAGAGGAUGGCUCCAUCGUGUUUAAGGAAGUCGGGUAUUACAACGUCUAUGCCAAGAAGGGAGAAAGACUCUUCAUCAACGAGGAGAAAAUCCUGUGGAGUGGGUUCUCCAGGGAGGUGCCCUUCUCCAACUGCAGCCGAGACUGUCUGGCAGGGACCAGGAAAGGGAUCAUUGAGGGGGAGCCCACCUGCUGCUUUGAGUGUGUGGAGUGUCCUGAUGGGGAGUACAGCGAUGAGACAGAUGCCAGUGCCUGUAACAAGUGCCCAGAUGACUUCUGGUCCAAUGAGAACCACACCUCCUGCAUUGCCAAGGAGAUCGAGUUUCUGUCGUGGACAGAGCCCUUUGGGAUUGCACUCACCCUCUUUGCCGUGCUGGGCAUUUUCCUGACAGCCUUUGUGCUGGGUGUGUUUAUCAAGUUCCGCAACACGCCCAUCGUCAAGGCCACGAACCGAGAGCUCUCCUACCUUCUCCUCUUCUCCCUGCUCUGCUGCUUCUCCAGCUCCCUGUUCUUCAUUGGGGAGCCCCAGGACUGGACUUGCCGCCUGCGCCAACCGGCCUUUGGCAUCAGCUUCGUGCUCUGCAUCUCGUGCAUCCUGGUGAAAACCAACCGUGUCCUCCUGGUGUUUGAGGCCAAGAUCCCCACCAGCUUCCACCGCAAGUGGUGGGGGCUCAACCUGCAGUUUCUGCUGGUUUUCCUCUGCACCUUCAUGCAGAUUGUCAUCUGUGUGAUCUGGCUCUACACCGCGCCCCCCUCAAGCUACCGCAACCACGAGCUGGAGGAUGAGAUCAUCUUCAUCACGUGCCACGAGGGCUCACUCAUGGCCCUGGGCUUCCUGAUCGGCUACACCUGCCUGCUGGCUGCCAUCUGCUUCUUCUUUGCCUUCAAGUCCCGGAAGCUGCCAGAGAACUUCAAUGAAGCCAAGUUCAUCACCUUCAGCAUGCUCAUCUUCUUCAUUGUCUGGAUCUCCUUCAUUCCAGCCUAUGCCAGCACCUACGGCAAGUUUGUCUCUGCCGUGGAGGUGAUUGCCAUCCUGGCAGCCAGCUUUGGCUUGCUGGCGUGCAUCUUCUUCAACAAGAUCUACAUCAUUCUCUUCAAGCCAUCCCGCAACACCAUCGAGGAGGUGCGUUGCAGCACCGCAGCUCACGCUUUCAAGGUGGCUGCCCGGGCCACGCUGCGCCGCAGCAACGUCUCCCGCAAGCGGUCCAGCAGCCUUGGGGGCUCCACUGGAUCCACCCCCUCCUCCUCCAUCAGCAGCAAGAGCAACAGCGAAGACCCAUUCCCACAGCCCGAGAGGCAGAAGCAGCAGCAGCCGCUGGCCCUAACCCAACAAGAGCAGCAGCAGCAGCCCCUGACCCUCCCACAGCAGCAACAAUCGCAGCAGCAGCCAAGAUGCAAGCAGAAGGUCAUCUUCGGCAGUGGCACGGUCACCUUCUCACUGAGCUUCGAUGAGCCUCAGAAGAACGCCAUGGCCCACAGGAAUUCUACACACCAGAACUCCCUGGAGGCCCAGAAAAGCAGCGAUACGCUGGCCCGACACCAGGCAUUACUCCCGCUGCAGUGCGGGGAAGCGGACUCAGAUCUGAGCGUCCAAGAAACAGGUCUGCAAGGACCAGUGGGUGGAGACCACCGGCCAGAGGUGGAGGUCCCUGAAGAGUUGUCCCCAGCACUUGUAGUGUCCAGUUCACAGAGCUUUGUCAUCAGCGGUGGAGGAAGCACUGUUACAGAAAAUGUACUGCAUUCAUAAAAUGGAGAAGACUGGUCUAGGGAGAAUGCAGAGAGGUUUCUUGGGGUCCCAGGGAUGAGGAAUUGCCCCAGACCCCUUUCCUCUGAGGAAGAAGGGAUAAUAGACACAUCAGAUGCCCCAAAUUUAGUCACACCAGUUUAAAUGACAGUGAAUUGACCAAUGUUCCCUUUAAAAUUAAAGAAGGAAGAACUUUGUGUUUCUGUGGUUGCAUUUCAAAUCAUUGAGAUCUCCACGGUCAGAUUUGCUGUUCGCCCACAUCUAAUGUCUCUUCCUCCAUUCUGUCCCAUCCAACAGCUCAGAGAUGAAACUACGGCUUUAAACUACCCUCCAGAGUGUGCAGACUGAUGGGACAUCAAAUUUCUGCCACCACCAGAGCUGAGAGUCUGAAAGACAGAAUGACACCAGUCCUGCCCAAUGCCUUGACAACCGACUGAACUUUAAAUGUUCACAACAUAAGGAGAAUGUAUCUCCUCCUAUUUAUGAAAACCAUAUGAUAUUUGCUCUCCUACCUGCUGCUGCUAUUGUGUAACAUCCAGAAGGUUUGCACCCCUCCUAUACCAUAUGUCUGGUUCUGUCCAGGCCAUGACAGUGAUGCCAUGUUUAGAUUCCAGGAUCACAAGAAUCACCUCAAAUUGUUAGGAAGGGACUGCAUAAACCAAUGAGCUGUAUCUGUAAUUAAUAUUCCUGUAUGUAGUUUUAUCCUUAGGAAAAUGCUUCUGUUGUAAUAGUCCAUGGACAAUAUAAACUGGAAAAUGUCAGUCUGGUUUCUAUAAGGCAGUAUUAUUGAGCUCUAUUUCCCCACCCCACCAUCCUCACUCCCAUGAGCUGAGCCUUAUGUGAGCCCCUUCAGGGACUCAAGGGUCCAGAAGUCCCUCCCAUUCCUACCCUAAAGAAUUCAUGAAGCCAGAUCCACCCUGUCCCUGUGCAGAGUAAGCUCCCAACUAUUGGCCUGCUAAUAGCUGCCAGGGUAGGAAAGCCUGGUUCCAAGAAAGAUCCACCCUCAAAUGUCAGAGCUAUGUUCCCUCCAGCAGUGGUGUUAAUACUGCUGGUCACCCAGGCUCUGGAGCCAGAGAGACAGACCAGGGUUAAAGCUCUGUCUUGGUUAUUUGCAAGCUGGGUGACUGUAGGCAGGGAACCUUAACCUCUCUAAGCCCCAGCUUCUUCAUCUCUAAAAUGAGGACAGUAAUCAUUCUUUCCCCUCAGAGCUCUGAUGUGGAUUAAAUGAGAUAAUGUAUGUAAAGUACUUUAGCCUGGUGCCUAGCACACAAUAAGCAUUCAAUAAAUAUUAGUUAAUAUUAUUAUUACUGAUACUAUAAUAAUUAUUUUCCCUUCAAAUACAAAAUGAAACAUACAUAUUAACCAUUCAGAUUGUACCAGCUAGCCCACUGAUCACAAUCACUCUCUCUACAAUAAGCCCAAGAGCUCUGGGGCCCAACACAUGGGGUCAGCCCUAGUAACACUGGCUCAUGGUGAGGAAGCCAGAAAGCUGGUCAGCCCCUCAGGCGGCCUGAUGCCCUGUCUCUGCAGUGUCAGGGCCUGGACCUCCAGCAUCCAGGGAAGACCAUCACCUGUCUAGGAGGAAGUUCUCAGAUCACUCUCAAUGCUACUCUUAAGCUGAAGUCAGACCAUUGCAAUUAAAUACCUGAAGCCUCAAA